UAAAAUGACGUGCUGAACGACAGUUCUGCAAAGUACUAGUCGUCAUUCGCAGAAGACACCAGCACUCGGCUCAUCAAAGUCAAGUAAAACGAAGUAUCAGUCUCCGAGGAAUUAGAAGACGAAUCUUGUAGAAAGUUACGUGAAUGUAUGGCUUUGCUAUCGAUCGUCAAAGGAGAUUGACAAUAGCGACAAGCCGCAUAUCGAGAGCCGGUGUACUGUCAUCGUCAGCAAAGAUGGCGUCCAUAAUCAGCACGACCCACCGAUGUGUGAAGAAAAUUUAUGAAAUCCUCUGUUGUGACAACAAGUGUUGCGAUUGCUGUUUCGGUAGUGAGAAAAAAUUAACCAAGUCAGAUAUCAAGCAUUCCUUCAGGGAAUCGUCUGCAAGACUGGAUUCAACCAGUUCUGCUACCGACAGCAUGCGUAGCUUCCGAGAAAGGAUGGAAUCGGACAAUUCGUCGUCACGCACAGAUUCAGUUUCUUCAACAUCUCAACUGAGUGGUGAGUACCGAAGAGGCACGACAACACCCGUCAUAGAUAUGAAACCUAUCGAGUUCUGGGCAGCCAACCGAGAAAGUGUGCAGCCUAAACAACAUCGCCGACGCCUCCCGAGUGAAACUGAGAUCAGCGUAGAAAAUUUUCAACCAGAUUUGUACGAAGAAGAGAAGACAGAACCGUGUUUAACUGACGAAGAGAAAUUAGCCAAAUUUCAAUUAGGUCAGAUUCAUAUCGGUUUAAACUAUGAGGUAUCUACCAAAGUUUUGGUGGUCAAGUUUAUUGAGGCCAAAGAUCUACCAAGACCUUACUCUUUGGAUGAAAAUAGACAAGACAUGGCUCAUUCAAACCCGUAUUGUAAAGUUUGCCUGCUUCCAGACCAGAAAAAUUCACAACAAACAUCAGUUCAGCGCAAAACACAGGAACCCACGUGGAAUGAAUACUUCAUGUUUGAAAUUCCCUACAGUGAAGUUCAGAUGCGAACACUAGAAAUUUUAGUGAAAGACUUCGAUAAAUAUUCCCGCCAUUGUAUCAUAGGACAGGUCUAUUUACCACUUACAAACUUGCAACUCCUGAAAGGCGUUCACAUGUGGAAAUCUCUCAGUCCCAGUACGAAGGAGAGACACGAUUUAGGGGAAAUACUGCUGUCUUUGAACUAUCUACCAACGGCUGGGAGAUUAAACAUUGACGUCAUCAAGGCAAAACAGCUUCUACAGACGGAUAUGAUUGGUGGUUCUGAUCCCUUUGUAAAAAUAACAAUGGUACAUUUUGAGAAACCCAUCAAAAAUAAGAAAACUUCCGGCAAGAAAAACACCAUAGAUCCAGUGUUUAAUGAGUCCCUCAAUUUUAACAUAACACCACAACAACUGGAAAACACAAGCAUUGUUGCUACAGUUUGGGACUAUAACUCAAAAAGCAAAGACGAUUUUGUUGGUCGCAUAGUUCUUGGAAAGUACGGAACAGGACCACACGAGUACACCCACUGGACCCGGAUGUUGAAUUCCCAGCGUUCUGCGGUUGCGCAGUGGCACUCGCUGAGAUCCCGCCAGGAGUGUGACCAAGUGUCGCCAGCUUCUAUCGCCGUUCCAUGAAUAACAUGUCAGGCGCAGAAAGGUUUAAAUAUCAAACGUCUGUUGCUGACAGGAAGUUUCCAUACAUGCCAAAACAAGAGUCGAUAUUUGUAAGAAAUGACAUUUAUUUCUUGAAUUAUUAAUAUUCGAAGUGACAAUUGUCAUACUUUUCAGACAUUUUGAAUGGUCUGACGUCAUUAUUGUACGGUGUUGACACUUGAAACAUAUUCUUACAUUGGAAAGUGCUAGAAUCAGAAAAGAAAUGGUAUUCUCAUGAUUUUCAUAUCAAGAGCGAAUGCGAAUUUCAGUAUCGUUCUCAUGCCUUUGGAAGAUUUGGCCUCUACGUGAAGGUUAUUUUGGAAACUACAGAGCAUAUGUGCUGACUUAUACAAUUCAAAUCAAGUGUUAGAUAUUUUGUUGCAUCUUUCCAACAAAAGCACAUUCACUAUUAUUAUUUUGUUUUUGCACACAGUGUAUAAAUUCAUGUGUUCUUUGGAAUGGAAAAUACUUUCCUAUAAGAUGGUGAAUAUCAUGUUCAUCAUAAAAGAAAUAUAAGAAAAAUGUUUACUUGUUUCUACGGUUUAACGUCGUCGUUAAAUACGAUAUCGCACAAAAGAUUAUGAAUUAUUGUAAAAAAAAAUUUACAAAACAAAUUAAAAAAAAAUACAAAUAUAUUUUUGUAGGUUACAAAUUUAACGUUAUCGUAAAGUGUGAGUACAUAGUUCUUUUGUAAAAUGAAAUAUUAGACAAUAAAUUGUUGCUUUUGAAAUAUU